UCAAACGCUUCUCUUCGUUUGGAGAAUCCCUCCAACUGAGUCUCACAAGUUGUGACCCGAGAUUUCCCUCGUAAAAUUGAAGAUGUUGGCAGCUAGAAAUACAAUAAUUGCUUCUUUCCUCAUUCUUUGUUCAGUUCCAAGUCUUGCUUUUGGAUCUCCUCUGUUACCUCCUGAUGAAGUCGAAGGUUUGAGAUAUGUGGGGAAGACACUGGGGAAGAGGGACUGGAAUUUCAGUGCAGAUCCAUGCAGUGGACAAUUUGGUUGGGUUUCUCAAAACGGCGGCGUUCCAGAGUUCAGAAAUAACGUCACCUGCAAUUGCACAUUUCUUAAUGCUACCGUCUGCCACGUCACCCAUAUAAUCCUCAAUUCACAGAGUUUGCCAGGCACGCUCCCAUCUCAGCUCUUCAAGUUGCCUUACCUGGAAGUACUUGAUCUCGCUUGGAACUAUCUUAGCGGCGAAAUUCCUCCAGAAUGGGGCUCCACGAAGCUUCUCGAACUUGUCCUGCUUGGAAAUCGGUUGACGGGUUCGAUUCCGGAUGGGAUUGGAAACAUCACUACUCUUAGAACUUUGAACUUGGAAAUCAAUAAUCUAUCAGGAAGGUUACCUUCAACACUUGGAAAUUUGUUGAAUUUGGAAAAAUUACUUCUUGGCUCGAAUAACUUUACUGGAAGGCUGCCGACGUCUCUGGGAAUGCUUACCUCAUUGAUCACAUUUCGAAUCAAUGACAAUAACUUUGAAGAACAAAUACCCAGUUUCAUACAGAAUUGGAAAAAUAUUGAGAGAAUAAGGAUUCAGGGAAGUGGGUUGAGUGGGCCUAUUCCUUCUGAAAUCGGACUUCUGACCAAGUUAACCGACCUAAGAAUCAGCGACUUGAAUGGGGCUUCAUCACCCUUUCCACCUCUUAAAAAUUUGACCAAUAUCUCAUAUCUAGUAUUAAGAAGUUGCAACAUCAUCGGAGUGCUGCCCGAAUUUUUAGCUGGGAUGACAACAACUUUGAAACUCUUAGACCUCAGCUUUAACAGAAUAAGUGGGCAGAUUCCUACCUGGUUUCGCUCUCUUCAAAAAGCAGAUAACAUAUUUUUAACUGGAAACUUGCUAAAUGGUUCGGUGCCUGAUUGGAUGCUAUUUAGUGGAAAAAGCAUUGAUCUCUCUUACAAUAAAUUUAAACCACCAUCCACAGACUGUCAAUCACGAAAUACGAACCUGUUUGCGAGCUCUGCAUCAGACAACAAUUCCAAUAUUGUUUCUUGUUUGGCGGACCACACUUGUCCCAAGAAAGUGUACAGUCUACAUAUAAAUUGUGGUGGGAAAGAAGAAGUGAUUAAUGGUACAAAGUUUGAUUGGGAUGAAGAUACAGGCAAGGUGUUUGUCUCAAGUAAUACAAAUUGGGCAUUCAGCAACACUGGAAUAUUUCUGGACGAUUCUCGAAUUAAAGAUACUCGAAUUUCAGUUAACUAUCUUGAAACAAAUUCAUCAAAGCUCCCUAUGGUAGAUUCCAAACUGUAUGAGACUGCUCGUAUUUCUCCAAUGACUCUUACGUAUUAUGUGUAUUGUAUGGGGAACGGGAACUACACUAUAAGCCUCCAUUUUGCCGAAAUUACAAUAACAAAUGAUCAAACGUUUAACAGCCUUGGAAGACGCAUUUUUGAUAUUUAUGUGCAGGGGAGGCUGGUGCUGAAGGAUUUUAAUAUUGUAGAUGCUGCAGGUGGUGCUGGUAAACCUGUCACAAAGAAGAUUUCCAUUCCUGUUACUAGUAAUACCAUCGAUAUCCGGUUUUAUUGGGCUGGGAAGGGCACAUUUUCUAUCCUUUACGGUGGAGUCUAUGGUCCUCUAAUAUCAGCCAUUUCGCUAGAGCCUGACUUUGAUCCUCCAUCAGAAGGUCGAAGUGCCUUACCAGUAGGUGCAAUACUUGGAAUUGUAGCUGCAAUCGUCCUUGGUAUAGUUUCAGUUCUUGGAAUUCUAUGGUGGAGAUGUUGUCUUGGAUGGAAAAGUACACUUCAUCACGAUUUAAAGGGUCUAGAUUUGCAAACUGGUUCAUUCACAUUAAGGCAAAUCAAAGCUGCCACUAAUAACUUUGACGAUUCCAAUAAGAUUGGAGAAGGUGGUUUUGGUCCUGUUUACAAGGGUUUCCUCUUGGAUGGCACCAUGAUUGCAGUGAAGCAACUUUCCCCCAAGUCAAGGCAAGGAAUGCACGAGUUUGUGAAUGAAAUAGGAAUGAUAUCUGCUUUGCACCACCCAAAUCUAGUUAAACUUUAUGGUUGUUGCAUUGAAGGGAAUCAACUUCUGCUCGUGUAUGAAUAUAUGGAAAAUAAUUGCCUUGCUCGAGCUAUGUUUGGACCAGAAGACACGCAAUUGAGAUUAGAUUGGCCAACAAGACAGAAAAUUUGUAUUGGUAUAGCCAAAGGCUUGGCUUAUCUUCAUGAGGAAUCAAGAUUGAAGAUCGUCCACAGAGAUAUCAAAGCGACUAAUGUAUUGUUAGAUAAAAAUCUCGACCCCAAGAUAUCCGACUUUGGUCUGGCCAAGCUUGAAGAAGAAGGAGAAACCCACAUAAGUACUCAAGUUGCUGGAACUUUUGGAUAUAUUGCACCAGAGUAUGCAACGCGAGGCCACUUGAGUGAUAAAGCAGAUGUUUAUAGUUUUGGCAUUGUGGCAUUGGAAAUAGUGAGCGGAAGGAGCAACACUAGUCACCGAUCAAAGGAUGAUUGCUUUUAUCUGCUUGAUUGGGCGCUUGAGUUAAAAGAGAAAGACAGUUUAAUAGAGCUGGUAGAUCCAAGGUUAGGCUCCAACUUUAACCAUAGAGUGGCGAUGGCCAUGAUCAAUAUUGCUCUCCACUGCACCAAUGUGUCUCCUUCAGAAAGGCCUGCCAUGUCCUCGGUGGUGAGCAUGCUGGAGGGAAAAGUUGCUGUGAAGGAGUUGGUUUCACAUCCAAAUGACACAAGAACAGAGAUGAGUGCAAUGUGGACCCUUUUGUUGCAGCAGAGCCAGAAACAAACUGACAAUGAGAAGCAGACAGAGGUUAUCUGUAUGGACAUGCCAUCUAACAAUUCUUCAAUAAACUACUCUCAAACUGCAUCCCAAAGGACUUAAAUGGUACGAUUAGAACGUGGUGGGUGGUGUCGGGCACAAAGCCAUCAUCAACUGCAGGGAGAAGCCUUGUUUGAUCUCUUGUUGAAGUGGUACUCGAUUGUCUUUCAUUUUAAUACUUUUUACCUUCAUUUAUGUCUGUCCGGGAAAAAAAGAGGAAAAUAAAUAAUUUCUAGUGAAUUGACUCUUCUAUUGUAAUGUUUAGUAAAACUUUGGAUGAUAAGUUAUUUAGACCAUUUGUUUUAAUUUCAAAGAUUGUCACUCGCCAAGUAGAGAAUGUAAAAAAAUAAAAAGGGGAAAAGAAAUUUGUGCAUUUUCGUUCGUAUUUCUAGGGGAAAAGCUCAUUUUUCAUCCCUGUUA